ACUGAAGACUCCUCUCCCGUUUCACCGAUUUUAUCUUUUAUCAUCGCCGAUUUUGCAAGUGCCGAACGAAGCAGCUACUCCCGUCGAUCCAUCUCCGGGAUUGGAGUUUGAUUAUCGGAAGAAGAAGAAGAUGAGUGGUAACACACCAGCAACGGCGGCGUCCUCUUCUAAAUCGAAAGCUGCGGGAACUUCUCAGCCACAGGAAAAGCGCAAAACCCUCUUUCAGAAAGAAUUGCAGCAUAUGAUGUAUGGAUUUGGCGAUGAGCAAAACCCGCUUCCAGAGACUGUGGCGCUUGUAGAAGACAUUGUUGUGGAGUACGUCACAGAUUUGACACAUAAGGCUCAAGAAAUUGGUUCAAAGCGAGGAAGACUACUUGUUGAUGACUUCUUGUAUCUAAUCCGCAAGGAUUUGCCAAAACUGAACCGGUGUAGAGAACUGUUGGCGAUGCAAGAAGAGCUGAAACAAGCACGCAAAGCUUUUGAUGUUGACGAAAAGGAGCUAGUUGAUUAAUCUUUCUUUUUCACAAGUAAGCUUGUUUGUAGGUGAUCUUUUGAAGUUCAAGUUUUUAGUGAUUAGUUUUUGAAUCUCAAGACUGUAAAAAACACAAGUAAAAUUGAAAUUUAGCUACAUUUGUUUUUACCAA